AUGGCAUUAUAGGAUAAAGGAUUAGUAGGGUUUAUUUUGGUGAUAAUAAUAAAAUAAAAAUACAGAAAUCAAGAGUAGCAGAUACCUUCAAGAUGUAUUAAACCCCAAAACAUAAGUUAGAAGCCAAAAAAGCCAAUAAUAUAUCGAAUAAAGAAGAGUGAAGAACCUGAAUACGGAAAAAAUGCAUUAAUAUUGCCAAUAUUUUGUAUAGGUUAGAAUAGAGUAAGAUGUAGUUUGAUAAUUUUGAAUUCAGAACAGGAAUAAUUUUCGUCUGAUGAAGAAUGUUUUGGAAUAAUUAUAUGCAGAUUUUUAGGAAUAAUAAUUUAAAGGUUGGUUCAUAAGGAAAGUUGGUAAAUAGCUUAAAAGUAUGGAAGUCUGAUGAUUAAUCAGUUAAUAUAUACUUUAAGAACCAAAAGUAAAUAAAUAGCAAGUGACAGGAUCAAAUUAAGUUUUAAGAGGAUACUUGGAUUAUAGAUGAUAAAAUUUUACUUUGUGAAGAAUGAAUCAGAAGGAAGAGAUCUUUUCAUUAGAAUAUGGAUUGGUAGGAAUGAGAGUGAAGAAUAAAGAUCAGUAAAAUUUUAUUCAAAGGUUGAUGUGACAUCUAUUUUACCCAUUUUUAUUAAACCUUUAUUAAAUAACAAGGAUAAGGUAAUAGGAAUAGUUGAGACUUGUUUAAAAAACAAGUUGUUGAUUUACAUUGAAAGGGAACACUUAUUAGAGGUCAGCGAAAAUUUUUUUGGAAUAGAGGAACCUUUGACAAGUCAAUUGUAGAGUUAUGCAGAGUUAUUGGCAGGAACGUUAUCUAAUAUAGAAAUUUGA